CUUAAACAAAUGACAGCUGGAUGGAAGUUUUCCUUUUUAAAAUAACCAGUUUCGAGUUUGGCGCGUUUUCAUUCACAAUUUCAUUUUUUCUUUUUCCAUUUUCCCAUCCGAUCCCUCAUUUGCCUUUGUUCCACGUAUUAAUAGAACAGGUGCCCGCGAAAAAAAUCACAAAUUCAUUAAAAUUUAGUUAAAAUACGAAAUGGAUCUAAACGACGCCGUCCUCACCUGUGCGGUAAACAUCCAAUGGACUAAUUCCGUUGGAGUAACAGGACGAAAAUUGGUCUACCGCACCGCAACCCUCCGUCUGGUUCGCAAUGAACUCCGAGAAAUCUUCAUUGAAGUGUCCACAGAAAAGUCGAAACCCAUAAAAUUCAAAUUAAAAGACGUCAUGAUCCAUAAGAAGUUCAUGAACGAGGGGAAGUGUACGUUCAAUUUCAAAGCCGAAAAUUGUUCCAUGUAUCUGUCCAACGCACCUCCUGGCACACUCAUGAACUUCCUACGGAUUGUGUUUAUCAAGUUAAAUGGAUCCCCAAAUGAAAACCUUGACGAGGCUACGAUGCAGAAAAAACUAAGAGCCCAUCUCUUAUCCGGGAAACCGAGUACUUUCGAGGAAGUCAGUCCGGUGACAACCGCUGAAAUGGUGAUGGCCAGAAAAGCUGCCGGUGUAUCCAAAUCCACUGUGACCACGCCCUCCCCAAAAGCCGUCAAGAAACGAAGGUUCGAUGAGCUCCGCUCAGGCGAGAAUUCCGCCCCGGCAGCUAAGAAACUCUACCAACCCUCCCCGCUGACCGAGGAGAGUGUAAAACUCUGCCAGGAGCAGACUGAAGUCUUGCAAGCCUGCGUUGCUGGCAAGAAUAUAUUCUUCACUGGAUCUGCCGGGACAGGCAAGAGUUUCCUUCUGAAGAAAAUCAUCUCCGCCUUGCCCCCAGACGGAACUGUGGCUACGGCCUCAACGGGUGUGGCAGCUUGUUUAAUUGGGGGUGUUACUUUGCAUGCAUUUGCUGGAAUUGGCGGCGGAGAUGCUAGCAUAGCACGGUGCAUAGAGUUGGCAUCCCGGCCUGUGUCCUCGUCGAACUGGAGGAAGUGCAAAAGACUGAUUAUUGACGAAAUAUCAAUGGUAGAUGGAUUGUUCUUUGAGAAAAUCGAAACCGUAGCGCGUCACGUUCGCAAGAAUGACCGUCCUUUUGGAGGAAUUCAAUUGAUUCUCUGUGGGGACUUCCUCCAGCUUCCUCCCGUUGUCAAACGAGACGAAUCAAACGCCCAACGCUUUUGUUUCCAAUCACCGGCCUGGGAAAAGUGCAUCGAGCGUGUCUUUGAACUGAAAGAAGUCCAUCGUCAAAGUGACCCGGAGUUUGUGAGAAUUCUCAAUCAUUUGCGCAUUGGACACGUCAAUGAGGACAUAACCAAGCGUCUCAUGACCACGUCGAAACAGAAAAUCGAAGGCAAUGGCAUUUUGGCAACCCAAUUGUGUUCCCACACCAACGACGCCAACUCGAUAAACGAAUCGAAGCUGGAAAAUCUCGAAGGCGAAAAGGUCCUCUUCAAGGCCGAGGACAGUGAUGCCAGCAUGUCAAAGCAGCUCGAUGGCCUCGUCCAGGCUCCGUCGCAGUUAUAUUUGAAGAUCAAUGCCCAAGUUAUGUUGUUGAAGAACAUCAACAUAGCAAAUGGGUUGGUGAAUGGAGCCCGAGGGGUUGUGGUUCGCAUCGAUCGGGGAGUUCCCACAGUUCGAUUCAAGAACAACCAAGAAUACGUGUGCAAGCAUGAGAAAUGGAUGAUCAAGACUGCCACUGGAGGCAAUGUCACUCGCCGACAGGUUCCCCUCAAACUCGCCUGGGCUUUCUCCAUUCACAAGUCACAAGGGCUCACCCUCGAUUGUGUUGAGAUGUCUCUAUCCAAAGUAUUCGAAGCCGGACAGGCUUAUGUUGCUCUAAGUCGUGCCAAGAGUUUGGACAGUGUGAGAAUUCUGGACUUUGAUCCGAAACAAGUUUGGGCCAAUCCGAUGGUGUUGCAAUUUUAUAAAUUAUUCCGACGACGUUUACACGACACAACAAUGAUUCCACUUGGCAAUAAGAAUGCAAAAGCAAAGAAAGAAAAUGCGGGAGGUGGCGCCGGAGCUUUAGCGAAGUUUAAGAAGAGUCUCAUGAACAAACCAUUGGUGUCGAUUGGUUAAAUUCAUUUUAUUUAGUAAAAUUCUAGUAUAGUAUAUUCGUAAGUUGAGAGAGAGAAAUAUAUGUAUUUUUUAACAAAUUGUAUUUUUGAGAUCGGACAAUGAACAAUUUUGGGAAUAAAGCUAAAUAUUUCACUUUUGAACGCGUAAAAA